AUGGAACCAAGACUUGUCGUUAAUGAUAUACUUGACAAACUCGAGGCUAACAUUCCGAUAAAUACAAACGUUCGUGAAGAAAGUCAUUCGGUGGAUGAUCCAUAUUUUACUAUAAAUGCUCUUGGGAAUCUAAAGGAAAAAACUCAUCUUGAAAAUCUGUUAAGGUUCAUUAAGAGUGAACGUUAUCGUAAUAACGUUGAUCUUGCAACUUGUGCAAAGUUUGUAACACGCAUUCUGAGCGAACAUCUCAGGGAGGCGAUUAACCCAGAAAAUUUUGCGCCGGUGUUGAAAUUAUUCAACACGUACAAGGAUGAAAAUAAUAAUGUUGUCUUUAGGGAAUAUUUUUGUCUUUUAAUACAGCAGUUAUUACAUCAGGGUUAUACCCCGAUGAGCACGUGGUUUUUGUCUCUUAAAUUUAUCUACGAGGAAGCAAGGUCACUGAUUUUCGUUGGCAGUAAUGGCGAAGGAAUCGAUAAGCUAAUGAAAGAUACUGCCAUGUUCGUAAAAACUCAAUGUCAUAAGAUAAGAGAAACGGUUGCAUAUGAAAACCUUUUUCUUUGCAGAUUAGUUGAGUCAGUAUUGGUAGAGUCGGAAAAGAACACUAAUGUUGAAAUCGACAGGAUGUUGACAUUAUGUGAAGGCCUUUUGGAACUUGCGAUAAGUCAACCGGACGUCCAUGAAGUUGUCAUCAAUGAAUUGGGCGUGAUAAUCAACCACAGCGAUUUUUUCGUAGUACAAUCAACAAUAAUUAACUUGAGCUUGUACUGGAACGAGUUUGCUUUCCGAAUCGACCCCAUAUUGCAAGAAAUUCGAUUAGAUGAGGACACGGGUGAAAAAUUGCUUGUAGGUGUAAAAUUGCCACAUAAAUUAAGACAAAUGAUGUAUAAUAGCAUGAUUGAUACCUAUAUCAACUAUGUAACGACUUUUGAAAAGGAUAUAAGAUGGUGUAUUGAUAACAAUGAGGAUAUUAUUUUCUCGGUUGAGUUACCCGAUCCGAACGUAUUCAACGAACUGCCAGAUGUAAAAGCGUUAACGUCAAACUUCGCCCACAUAGCAAAAAACGACAUAUUAGAUUUUAUCGGCUAUCUUGGUCACUAUGCUUCAAAUGCAUCAUUCAGAUUUUCCGCUCGUAUAUUGCUCACACUUCACACUUUUUAUGAAUUAAUUAAUAGUAACAUAACAUUUUUGCAGGAUGUCGACUUUGUCAAUACUAUUGCCGACUUCUAUUUGUGUAUUUGGCUGUAUCUUCUUGCUAAGCCACUAGAUUCAACAGCGGCAAAGCAGAAGGUCAAGUUUUCUACAGUUAUGGCUAUAUUUCUGCACUUUUUUGAUGUCUCGCAGACGUGGCUUUGGAAAAGAAAGUUAUCUUAUGUAUUCUUCUUGAGAGUUCUUGUGAAUAUUUGUAAGCGCUUGGACGAGGAAUAUCUCAAAUUGAUUUUGGCAAUCUUUGAUAAAUUAUCUAUUGAUAUUCCAUUGUCCGUUAUUGCCAUGAACCCUGGUGAUUUGAUGAUGAUUGCAGACUCAGUUGAUUGGUUAGACAUAUUACAACAGAGGAUUAACAACAUAACUAAUACUUCGUAA